UGCACAUGGAUGAUGGAACCUUUCGUUUCAUCAGUCCGACUGGUUACAGAUGUGUGGGGCGCUGUCCGAAGCAUCGAUCGGCCGUUUUCGGGUUUCGGGGUUUGAAGACUUGGCCGUGGCAUCAUGUUGAGCAUCCAAAAGGAGCUUGCUUCCAGGUCUUUAGCGCCGUCUCUGCGUGUGGUGCUCGCCUCUCCCGCUUUGCGCAGCCUUCGACGGAUACCCACCCGUGGCUUUGCCUCCCGACGGAGCGAGCAGAAGACGAAGGAUUCUGAAGGGCAAGGCGAAAGUGCUCAAAGUGAAGAAGCUGCCCAACCCCAAGCGCAAACCUUUGGCGAAAAGUUCGUGGUCUUCGGCCUGGCACUGCGUGGCAUGGCCUUGCUGCCGCGCUUUGCUCCAGCUGCCCAGCUGCUGCGUGUGGCUGGCGUGGGGCCCAUGGCAGUAGGAGCCGUUGUGAGUUUGUACGAGCUGGGUGGCUGGCCGCUGCUAUUGGCGGUCCCCGGCACGGCGACGCUGGCCCUCUCAGCGUCUGUGCUUGUGGAAUCCAACUUGGAAGAGCAGCUGCGGGCGGAUGUGCUGCAGCGCCUGAGUGAUGAGGUGCCUCCUGCGCUGUUGGAGGCGCUGCGCUCGGCGGAAGUGAAGAGCUUCGAGACCAACCGCUGCAAAAUCGAGGCGCAAAUUCGUGAUGGCGGCGUGUCUUGGCACCUGGAGGUCCGAGCGGAACGGAGGAGCUUUCCGUUGCAGUGGCAAUUGACCAACAUGCAGGUGCGCACAGGGCGUCCCUCGAGCCAGAAAGGGCUGCCGCCACAGACCAGAGAUUGGAAGCCACAGGAAGAGCACCUGGAGUGGACCACAGUGGCCAUGAGCGAGUGAGAAACGCCCAGUCUGACGAACAACGUGCGGCGAGCGAGGGCCCGUCGACCGUGGCGCUGGGCCUAUGGCCUUUGGGAGGAUACCAUCGAUGAGAGGGAAAGACUUUGCCUCCAACAUAGAAGAAAUGGCCUCCAACUAGAAGCGAUGGCCUCCAACCUAGUAG